AUGCCUUGGGCCCAUGGGCUCCAGCACCUACGGACGGCCCUCCGAUGCAUCUUGAUCGCCGCUGCUCUGCUGACUUUCCUAUUUGUCUUUCACCAAUGUAUUUUGCCAAUCGUGGCCUUCAUCAUUCCGAGCUUGGAUUCGACCUUCUUUGACUGGGGGGUGUACGGGCUAUAUCCUAUUCAGCAAUACAAUUCAUUUAAUUUGUCUGGACCCCAGGCGAAACACGUACGAUGGAACGACAAGUGUGACCAAGGUCACAUCCUCCUCACACCCAAUGGGCCUUCAGUUGCGCGGCCAGGACCGAUGAUUCUCGACAGUAAAGGUGGCCUGGUCUGGACAUCGGACGACUUUGGAGCGACAGCGAACCUCAAGGUGCAGCACUACAACGGCGAGGACUAUUUGACUCUCUGGUCCGGCGAGAAAGCAGCAACAUCUGGGAAAGGGCUCUAUUUCAUGCUUGACUCGACGUAUCAGGUGGUACGGAUGGUCACCGCUGUUGGAGAUGAGUUGUUUGGGGAUCUUCAUGAAUUCAAGAUCACACCACAGGGCACUGGACUAUUGACUGUCUACACCACUACUAAUGCGGACCUACGAGGGAUGGGACAUGGGCGGGGUCUCGAAGGCUGGAUCGUGGACAACCUUUUCCAGGAGAUCAACAUUGAGACUGGCGAGCUGUUAUGCCAGUGGCGGGCUUCUGACCAUUUCGACCCUGUGGAGACAUACAUGACGAACCCAUUUGGAGGGUACUGGGAGAGCAUUCCUUUCGACUUCUACCAUCUGAACAGCGUAGACAAGGACUCACAGGGCAACUACAUCAUCUCCUCGAGGCACUUUCACCAUGUUGUUUGCGUCAGUCCUGCGGGAGAGACGCUGUGGAUUCUGGGCGGGCGGGACAACCAAUUCAAGGAUCUCUCGGAUGGCAAAGCCACAGAUUUCAGAUGGCAACAUGACGCUCGUUGGUUCUCGGAGAAGGAUGGGAUCAUCACGCUCUUCGACAAUCAGAAAGCUGGACCUCUGCACAAAGAUGCCUCGCACUCGCGGGCACUUUUCAUCCAGCUGGACAUACCCAACAAGACUGCUAAGCUAGUUCAUGAGCUGUCGUCGCUGCAAGGCAUUCUUGCAUCUUCGCAAGGCUCUGUUCAAACAUUGCCAGAAAACGAUCAACAGAUCUUCGUGGGAUGGGGCUCCGCAGCGGCUUAUUCAGAGUACACGGCAGAAGGCGACUUGAUGUGUGAGACCCACUUGGGCGCAUCUUGGUUCUACUGGUUUGAGCGCAUGAAGUCUUACCGCACAACGAAGGCAUUGAACUGGCAUGGAACCCCAAGUACGCCGCCGCAACUCAAGAUUGACGACGAUGCCCUUUACGUAAGCUGGAAUGGCGCCACAGAGGUGGCUUCCUGGUCGCUGGAAGUAUCUUUCGACGAUCACGCUGUAGCCACCGAAGACUUGCGACGAGUCGAUGGCACACCAGCAAAGGUCAGUGAAGAGAGCUUUGAGAGCAUCGAUAUCAUUCCAAGGGUCGGCUUUGAGGGCACUUUCGACCUGCCAAGUUUAUCGUCGGCAGAGGAACAGUCUGCUCGAUACCGCGUGGCAGCGCUCGACAAGGAUCACCAGGUCCUACGAUACUCCGACAUUGUCUCACAUGCCGAUGUUGUUUCAGAGUCAUCCUAUAUCUGGAUUCUGUUCAAGCUUUGUCUGGUGAUCGGCAUUCUGUUCGGCAUCCGGAUCGCCUUUAAGUGGUUUCGAUCUGGACAGUCGAUUCGCAGCUAUGCCAACACGCAAAGAGGCUACUCUGCCAUGCCUGCUUGGAUGGACAUGGCACCUUCGACGACCUGGAAGCGCGCAAACUUUCGCUCUCGACCAAAAUUGUAUGACUGGGCUCAGUUUCGGUGGAGAGCCGCCACUUCUAGACCGGGAUGA